AACCCCGCAGCAACACUGAACAUGAAGCACAAAGCCGUCUGCUCUGUUCUUACCAAACCUGACUGACAGCGGUCUAGGAGGAAGAAACCGUCGAUCAAUAUGUGACAGAACUAAAGACCUGCAUUAAAACUCCUGGAGCUGAGGAUCUGUGAGAACUGUGAGAACACAUACUAAUCUGUGGAAUUCUGCAUCCAGCAUAAAAGGAAAGGCAAGUGGAUGCACAAGGGCCAGAAGCUGCAAUAACAGAAGUCUGCUGGGGAAAAGGGCUCCUCUGCCCACUCAGAGGAGCACCCAUUGGAGAGGAGAAACCAUCACUGGCAAUGGAUAUGGUGGGUGCACCUGCAGAAAGCAGUAUUUCCCAGAAUACUUCCAGUUACAACAAACAUGGCCCUAAACCAUAUCCUUGUAAAAGCCUGCAAAGACAAUUUCAAGGUAGGUUAGUAGGAUGGUAUCCCUGGAAGAAGGAAAGGUAGGCGUACAACAGUUAAAGAAGUGAAUACUUAGUUACUGUGCAUAAAGGGUGUGAUGGACUAUGUUUGAACCUAUUCUAAAAAUAUUCUAUACUGGGCCACUUGAAAAACAGUAGGGAAGACACAAGUGCAUUGUUUGGAAAUACUGAUUUUUAGAAAGUUAAGAUCAUGCUCUGGAUCCUGGUAACAGUGAGCAGAGGAUCUUGACACGAUGCACUUACAUGUCUUCCGGGAGGUUUGUAUUCCUGCAGUUGCACUUUGGAAAAGCUGUAGAAGCUUAUCAUAUACGCAGAGAAGCCUGCUACUGGCAACAGCAGAACAAUAAAUGGCACAAGGAAAGCAUAACUUUGAAGAGAAUUCAGUACAAUAGGGGCUGCCAGGGGGAUGAAGGAAGCUGGGGGAUUGACUGGAUAUGCACGUUUCUUAAAAGCAGUGGGUCUAAUAGUGGUGGUGGCUGACUAAGAUUUGAGUCAGAGGGGACUGGGCAUGAUGAAAGAUAAGCAGAGCUGGGUGUGAUGCUGCAUCUUUCAGAGGUAGGCUUCUGGACAGGGCUUCCUAUUCCUUCCAUGUAGGAGGGCUUUGCUGGUCCCUUCCAACCGUGUUAUGGUGGUCCUCCCAGUCCAGAACACAUACCCUUCAGAGUGCUGGUGUUAGCGCUUCUGUACUCCAGAGGUAGUCAGAUCACUCUGUCUUUGUGGGAUGUGAGUCCAAAGACCAUCCUAGUACCGGAAACAAAGAACUAUUUUCCGUCUUACAUACUAUCCGUAGCCUUUUGCAGCCAGAUUGUGUUUAGCUCUGUACACACCACACUUCUUCUGUCAUUGUUAUGGCAAGAUUACAAUUGCUUUGAGACCUGUUUCUCUCUGCUCUUGGCUGAUCUCAGGGCCACAGAAGAGACUGUGUGUGUGAGAGUGCAUGCAUGUGUGUUUACUAGAGAUAGAAUGACGAAAGGGGGCUGUAUCACGCAAGUUCUGCCAGUUAACCCUAUCCUAAGCUUACCAUCUAGCUGGGUCCUUUGCAUGCAGCCCAGACGUCUAUCUUUCCUCCAUUUUCUUUGCUCUGGUUCAUUAUAUUGCAUAUCUAGGACAUAGUUUCAGUUAUCCACUCUCUUGCAAUGCCUAGGUGGUGAGAUGUGAAUCUACCUGUAGGUCUUGGGAGCAAACAACUUGGAAUGAGUGCCUGUGCCACCGACAGGCAUUAGAGGAACACGUCCCACAGCAGAGGGUCAUUCUCCCUGGCUCACCUCUCAGUCACACUGCCUGCCUGCCCACAAGCAGAGCCAAACACUUGCUCUUGGGCUGUCUUCAGGCUACAGUCUGGGGCUGGACCAGCAAGGCAAAUGCUGAACGACUGCUACAAACAACUGCCCCAACCAUUAAUUUUUAUAGGCUGAGUGGCAGCAUUUCAUGCUGGGCACAACCAGCAGUGGAGAUGAAAGCUCAAAGCCAAAUAGACAUCACAGAGCCAGUACAAAUGCUAUUUAUUAAAGAAAUGCCUGGAUUGCAGGGGAAGCAGAAAGGUGCAUCUUGAAAGGAACCUUUAACGCCUGUGAGUGAAAAGCAAUAAGGGCUGGAAAGCAGGGGGAGCUGCCAGAGGCAACAGCUAAUGGACCUGGUCCUGGGGUGAGCUGGCAGCAGGGAGCAUGUGGCUGGGAGCCAAAGAGUAAGUUGCACUGCUUCAUCUGUAGCCAUAAAAGCAAGAACUGAGUGAAGGGACGGCCCAAGCUGAGCUGAGAAGCAAGAAAGUGCUGCUGGGGAAGGGAAUAUUCCCAGGCUCCCACGCGAAACUGCUGUUCCUUACUAUGGCCUGUGAAGAGAAAUCACUAACCAUGCGCUCUUGUCAGCAGGGUACAUGGCAUUUCUGCACCCUUCAGCACUGGAGCAGGGACUCCAGCUCCCACCCCGUGGUCCAGAUCCAGUGCCUCAGCUAUGGAGCUCAUCUGAGCAGGCUCCCCAUCCAUCCCUUCCCAGUGUGUGGGCACAGCUUCUCCAGGCUGGGCUCCAAGCCUGCCUUCCCCCAUCACUGCAAAUAGGCCUGCCCCAUACAAGGGCAAGUUUCCAGCUUCAAACAGCUAGCCAGGCCCUUUCUUCCAGCUGUUCAGACUCUGGCUAGGCUUAGGAUACUUGAUGGGGGUGAGCACCACACAGGCCACUGUUACCUGCUCCUGCAACACCUCCCUGGCCUCAGGCCUUGUGUUUUCCCUUGCUAGCCCCCCAGCUGCACAGCAGCCUGUCCUCCCAUGCCAGCCUCAGCUGGGGGUACUGCAUGUAAGUGCCUGUUCCCAGGCCUGGAGCCACUCUGAGCAGCAGAAUCUGCUGCAUUAGGUCAAUUUCAAGAGCUCCUCCAGGUCAGUUAGCAAUUACCUGCACCAGAUACACACUUGGAAAGGAGCUUCUGAUCUCUUCAAUGCAUUCGUUUUCCUCUUUCAAUUUCAAAUUCGCCUCACUGGAAAUAGGCACUUCAGCCUCUCUUACAGACCAUGCUAAAUCGGGAUUUCGCCCAGUUCUGUUGGGUUUGCUGAUAUAGAUGUUUUUCCCUACAGAGGUGAUGCCAUGGCCAAUCUGAGGUGUGUUCAGACCCCCUCCGUUUAAACUAUUCCAACUGAGCCUGCAGGUGAUGUCAUGGGACACAGUAUUUCUGCACAGACCGCCAGCCCUAGUGUGUGCUGAGCAGCCUCUCCCAGGGUGCCAAAGCUCUUAUCAGUUCAGGCUGGUGCCCUGUAUUGUUAAGACAUGUCCAGUGAGCAAAGGCAUUUGCUCACUUUAAGGUAUUCCUCUCUUAAAGUCAGUUGUGGUGUAGGUUUCCCAUCUGCAUACUCCAGUCUUGACCUGGAAGGAAAAGGACUGGAAAGAAGGAAAGCCAGUGUGCCAACAACUUGUCACAAAGGUAUUUUCUGCAGUGACAUACUUCAUGCUGGGCUCUUCCAAGGUAGCACUGGUCUGUUCUGCUGGUUUGUCCUGCUGCUCAGCUGAGGAAGACACAUCUCCUGCUGGUCCCCGAGGAUACAUCCCAGGAGAAAGGAGCUGCAGCACAGUCCCGCAGCUGGUGCAUCUGUGGCAGCCCCUGGGGCCAGUGUGGAGCCACUCCAAGCAGUGCCCUCCAUGGGCCCAGCCAGAGAGGCCAGGGCCAGCACCUUGUGUGCCGGGCACAGGGUCUGACGGUUUGCUGCUGCCUCUUUAUGGGGCUCCUGCGGCCUGAUGUGUUCACACAACAUCCUAGCCCAAACCAGUGAUUCAGUGCUCAGAGGCAGAAGCAAUUUUACAUAAAGUUCAAUUAAAUAUUUGCUUUAUAAUUGCACAACAAAUUAUUCAUAAAGGCAUUGGAAUCUAAUCACAAGGCUGACACCAUGGAGUCUGCAAAUGACACGGUACUUGGGGAGAAUAAAGAUUGCGGGAGGGAGCUGCCAGGCUUUGGUGAUGGGCAGUGACAAAAUGUGUGGGACAGUGGGAAUGCUCCCACGAAAAGAUUCUAAGCAUCACCAAAGAGCCUCAAAAAGGCAGGGCUGUUUGGCUGGUGGGUGUAAGUGGGUGGCAUGUGAGAAAUGGUUCUGGGCAAUAGAUUGGGGUUUUUGGCCCAUGUGUGCCCAGCAAACUUAGGGGAGCACUGGGCUGUGCCCCUCCAACCACUCUGUGUCAGCUCUGGCUUUGUGUGGGCACGGUCUGUAGUGUGUAGAGGAAUGUCCCCAACUCCGCAGAACCUGUGUGAGCACAGAAUUGCUGUCUUCAGCUCUUGUCCCUAUCUCCAGCAGGAAUCACAGUGCUGGGCCUUUUAAGGGGGUGCAGAGGCCUCUCCGUAACUGUGGGGUAUGAAGAAAGCCAUGUGGGGGUAGCCUGUCUCCCUAGCCUGGGGGGUCCUGUGGGACUAGACCUGUGCCAGAGCAGCAUACAGGAAAAGGCAGCAGGCAAUCUGAGCAUGUAAUGUGGCAUCAUCCCACAUUGCAGCCCCCAGAGACAAGGGGUGUGAGGCAAGGACAUGCAGCUUGCCAGCGGUGGCUGCUAAGCACAGCAGGAGCAAAUGAGACCACCCAGGGACCCUCUGCAGGGAGUUUGGCAGGGGGACUUGCUUCCAUGCAGCCUUCAUGGCAUCCUGAGCUGCAGCUUUGGGAGCAAAACCGUCUCUGCCAGUCCUACCACCCAGUGUUCAGCUCCUUUUAGGGUGAACUUGGAGAGCAGCAGGCUGAAUCCUGGACCCCAUGAAGAGCGAGACUGGUGGGACUGAGCUAUGCGAAUGUCUUGUGUUUCUGCUGAGAUGAGGUGGGGUAAGGUCAGAGAAUGAAAACAGAGAAUGAAUGGGCAGAUGCUGAGCUCAGCUGCCUUUGAAGACUGAUACUGCUUUGCCUAGCAGGUACCCAUCCAUCCCAAAUUCUCUCCCCUGCUGUCAUCCUGGGCAGUGGGCUGCAGACUACACCCUGUCCCUGCAGGGCACCCAGCAUUAGGUGGACUCUGGCUGACAGGGGAGCUGGAUCCUGGACAGAGAGCUGGACUGCAGAUGGAUUGUCUGCCAGCCAAAUCUGGACAUUAGGCAGGGACUUAGAUUAAUGAGAACUGGUUCUGCCAACAGAGAGGUGAGUCACAGAGCUUGUCCUGUGCUGAAUCUGUUUCUCCGAUAGGGAAGAAGUAGGAGGAUGUAGCAAGAUUAAUCUUUCAUAGAGUUGUGAGAAUAGCCAGAAUUCAUGGGCUUCUCAGCAACAAAUUUCCAAGUAAGCAGACAGCACUUUGAUUUGCUCCAUGUGACACAGCACAGAUCUGUACUGGUGACUCUGUAAUUCCCUGCCACUGGUCACAGGUAAGAUUGACCAUACUUUCAUGCUCACACACGAGUCCUGCAGAGCACAGGCUGUGGAGAAGCACCGAGAAAGCAGUGGCUUGAGAGCUCUUCUUUCCUGAAUUGUCCCGAAGUCGCUAUCUGCAGCUGCUCUGCCCCAAACAAUACUGGACCCUGCACAAAACGCAUGAGAAAGCAGUAAGAAAGAACUCCUUUUGAGGGGCUGGUGACACAUCAGCUGGGAGAGUUUGCCAGGUGUCUGCCAUCUUUGCAUCAGGGAAGAGUUGGGAGCAGGACUGGACAAAAGCCAGAGCACCGUUCCUGGUGCUCAACUCUUCCCUCUGACUAGCAGUUUGUGAUACAGCAGCAAUGACAAACCUGGGGGGAGCUGCUAGUGAGAGGGGAGGGAGAGCAGGUUGGUCAUAGCUAGGUUUUGGCAGGAGAAGAUGGGGAGCUCUCGUGCGCCCCUGUGUCUACCCCUCCCAGCACUGAACUCACCAGGGAAGAGGCUGAGGCCAAGAAGAGGAAAUCUUGGUCAUCAGGUUUUAUGUUGUCUUUACAGGAAUUGUGGAGAGAGAACCUCAGUGCUAGUGAACCAGGGAGAUUUUCCUGCAGAGGGCAAAUUUCCAUCCCAUGUUGGGAGUCCUGUUUCUGUCUGAUAUUUCUUUAGUUGUUCAUGUCAUGGCUCUUUAGUCUGAGCAGUUUUACAAAUGUGGAUAGCUUUCCCACCAGGGAAAGCUGCCCAGGAUCAAGUUGGAAAAGCUUUUAAUUUUCAACUCCCUACAGACAAAGGCACACAUAGGAAGGUGGGGUGUGUGCAAAGUCUGGGAAAAGGAAGAGGAAGGAGCAAAAAGAGAUAAAGAGAAUAGAUGAGUGAAGGGGACAGAGCAGAGAAGACAAAUCACAACAAGGAAAGGAACGAGGCACUAGCAGAAAGAAAGGGAGAGAUAGGGAGAGAACAAAGCAGUGGGACCUGGAGCUCAAUGAGAUGGGGAGAGUAUAUCAGAAUGAGGGAAGGGUGCUGCAAGUAGAGGAGAGCUAAGAAAUACAAAAGAGCUAUUUUAAUGCAUGGAUAAAGCAAAGAUGGGAAUAAGAGGAAAGGAGAAGCCACACGAGGAUUAAAUUCCCAUGGAGAUAAAGGGGAUGGCAGCAAAGUCAAAGGAUAACCCAUCCAUCCUUCUGUCACUGAAAAUACAAGGCAUGACAUGAAAGUGACGUGUCACCUUUAGAGAGGCUGUGGGACGGAGCUGUGGAGGCUGUGUUCAGCGUUCACGUGUGGGGCAGCCGCGCUCACAAACGGAGUGACCAUGUCAUGGGUGCGCCUUGUUCUGCUUUGCAUCCUCCAUCACCUCUUUCUCACAGUGCAUGGGGCAGCUCAUGGCCUGUGCUACUGUGUGACCUGGGCAUACACUGAAGCAUUCCUGAUUUCAGGUCUCAUGGAAGGAGUGCCAUAACAUGCCUUACUACAGUGCUCUCUGGGGCUCAUGUGAGAACCGGACUGGGGUGGGCCUGGCUAGCUUUACCAGCACCUCGCAGGGCAGUAGCAAGAGGGCAUAGAAUCGUAGAGUCAUAGAAUAGUUUGUGUUGGAAGGGAUCUUUUAAGGUCAUCUAAUCCAACCUUCUCCUGCAAUGAGCAGGGACAUCAACUAGAUCAGGCAUGGAGCAGCUGUGACACAGGGGAGGAAGGUGAUGGCAGGAGGCACAAGACUUUCCCUGACUCCAGGGUAAGGGGGGGUCUUAGCAAAAACAUUGGAAAAGAGCGCCACAAGUACAGACAAGGCUGGAACCAUCUCCACCUGGGAUCACACCACAUCACUGGAUGCUUUCUGCCACGUGGGAUCAGCUCCCCCCGCAGUGUGCGAGGCAGCCCCUUGGUUGUCCCAGGGAAAGGAUCUGGGUUUUGCCAGUGCCAGUGUUGGCACAAGAGCCUAGCAGCUGCCCUAGGGCUGGCUAGAUUUGCAUUGAGCAAGGUCUCUGUUUGCAGUGUUAGCAAUGGAGCAGCUGUGCUCCAGGCUUUGCUUCUUUCCCUACGAGAGCACCAGGCACAAGUGGGAACUACUUUGGCAGCAGUGCUUGCAGCUGGGAGGUUUCUUGCAUUCACACUGGGGUCGAACACAUUUCUAGAUGCUUCCAUUUCUGAAGGGGCUAGAAUGGAGCAUUUCCUAGGUCUUCUUCAGAGCUCCACUGACUUUCAAGGGUGGAAGUCAUGCAGUAGUAGGAGUUGUGCCAGCCAGUGCAAAGAUGGGGAGGACAACCGCCUGAGCCCAUGCUGGAUCCGUGCCCGGCUCAUCUCUUGGUUCCUAAAAGGAGUCACUCAUCCUGAAUUCCUGCUGUGGUUAUGAACCACUUUUUUUCCAUCCACCUCUUCCUGACCUGUGCAGGAAGCAUGAGAGCCAGGUGACUUGUGAACAACCUGCUGCUGGGCUACAACCGUUUCUUGGCCUGUAUUGACCAAACAGAGCCUUUGUUUGCCUCGUGCAAGGUGCUGCACACAUGGAGCAACACAUGGUGUUCCCUUUUGUUCUUUCCAGGGCCAAACUCUAAGGCCUAAAAUCAGAGGUUUUUGUGGAAGCAGGAAAGCAUUUUCUCCAGGUAAGAUGUGCAACCCUGGAAAGGGACACUGGAAGAUGUCCCACCGGGGUUGUUCGCGUGAAGUGUGACUAAACCCUGACUUGCAUGACCGGAUUUAUCUAUCCCAAAAUGAUACCGCAGCCUCACUACCCUUGAGCGGGUCCCCGCGGCCGGUCCCUAGGGAGGUGCCGAGGGCGGGGGACUCGGGGCCGGUCCCGGGCGGGGACCGGCGCUGCAUUCUCAGAGUCUCCAGCAGAGGCUGGGCUGGGCUGCGGGGAAGGAGCGGAGGAAGCGAGAGGAGGAAGGCGGCUCUCGCCGCACAUGCAUCGCCCGCGCCCCGCCUCGCGCCGUGCCCGCCCGGUGCCAGCAGCCGGCUCCGCUCCCCGCCGCCGGCCAGGGCUGCGCUGCCGCGCCGAGGCUGCCUCCGCUCUGCUCUGUGCCGGGCUGCCAGGCACCGCUCCGUGCCGGGGCACCGCUCCGUGCCGGCACACCGCUCCGGGCCGGGACAUCGCUCUGGGCUCCGCUCCGGUUGGCGCCGGGGCCACGCAGGAUGCCGCGGGAGGCCGAGCGCCCCGCGCGGGGGGGCCGCCGCGGCCUCCGCCCCAGGUUCCUGGGGAUGCUGCCGGCUGCCCUGCACCUCCCUGCGUGAGCCAGCAGAUGAUGGAAGUGACCGGCAUCAGCUGGGCAAAGGACCCUUUGCAAGGUGCUGGGAUAUCAUUCCCUGGAAGAUGGGAGUUACAAAUGGGCUUGUGAACUGCACGUGUGACACAGGCACCUCUGCUGCCAGACCCCUCACGCAGUAGUCCAGGGCCACCAAAGGACAGGCAGACACUGCCCACAGCAGCUCAUCCCGGUAACUCCUCCGUGAAACCGUGCGUGGAGAAGCUUCUCUUCCCUUCCCUUCCUGUGGAUAGCGGCUUUGGGUGCCCGUGCCCUGCUUGCUGCUGCGGAGCUUGCUGCCCACUGGUGGGUUGGGCAGCCAGCGGUGCGUGACCCUGCUCCCCAGCGAGGCACAGAGCCGCACUGCUCUGUCCUCGGGGACAAAUGCCAGCUGCCAGGCUCGUCUCUGGAGGCCCAGGAGCAGCCGGCGAGGCACCAGCACUGACUGCUCCUGCAUUAGCAGCAGGCAGUCUGGGACGUGUGUCACAGAAGUGACUCCAGCCUGCUGGGACAGAAGCGUUCCAGCUGCAGGACAUGGUGUGCAACAAGGAUGGGGGUGUUCUGCAUUGAUCGGCGAGCCUUGUGCUGCUAGUGUGGACUUUCCUCCUCUUCCCUAAAGGAUGCCAGUUGCCUGUCCAAAAGCUACUGCUCAUGCAGCCUCCUAGAGAGCAAUGGCAACGGGUCCGCAGGGCUUCUUGUGGACCAUGCUGCUGCUGUUCUGUGCCAUCCAGGAGCUGGGGGCCUGGGCCAUGCACACUUCGGUUGAGGGCCCUGGUCUCGGGCAGCCAGUGGACCCCGCGCUGCUGGCCAGUGGGCGAGUGAAGCGUGGCUGGGUCUGGAAUCAGUUCUUUGUGGUGGAGGAGUACACGGGCACGGAGCCACUCUAUGUGGGGAAGAUCCACUCAGACUCGGAUGAGGGGGACGGCUCCAUCAAGUACACCAUCUCCGGGGAGGGCGCAGGGACUAUCUUCCUCAUCGAUGAGAUCACAGGUGAUAUCCAUGCCACUGAGCGCCUGGACCGGGAGCAGAAAACCUUCUACACGCUGCGAGCUCAGGCCCGCGACCGGCAGACGGACCAGCUGCUGGAGCCUGAGUCAGAGUUCAUCAUCAAGGUGCAGGACAUCAAUGACAGCGAGCCACGCUUCCUGGAGGGUCCCUACAUCGGCAGCGUGGCUGAGCUGUCCCCCAUCGGCACCUCCGUGAUGCAGGUGAUGGCAUCUGAUGCCGAUGACCCCACAUAUGGGAGCAGUGCCCGGGUAGUCUACAGUGUGUUGGAGGGUGAGCAGCACUUUACUGUGGACGGUAAAACAGGUGUAAUCCGCACAGCCGUGGCUGACCUGGACCGCGAGACACAGGACCGGUAUGAGGUGGUGAUCCGCGCAACGGAUAUGGCGGGACAGCUGGGUGGCCUGUCCGGAUCCACCACAGUCACCAUCGUAGUCACCGAUGUUAAUGACAACCCACCACGCUUCCCGCAGAAGAUGUAUCAGUUCAGCAUUGUUGAAACUGCCCCUGUGGGCACAGUCAUUGGGAGGGUGAAGGCGGAGGACUCGGACAUCGGGGAGAACACGGAUAUGACUUACCAGGUGAAGGAUGAGGAAGGAGUGGAGAUGUUCAAAGUCACCACGGACAGCAAUACCCAAGAGGCUGUCAUCACAGUACAGAAGCCUCUUGACUACGAGUCGAAAAAGGUACACACCGUUGUGCUGGAGGCCCUCAACAAGUUCGUGGACCCACGCUUCGUGGACCUGGGCACCUUCCGGGACCAGACCAUCGUGCGGGUCUCGGUGCUGGACGUUGACGAGCCCCCCGAGUUCCGGCCCCCCUCCAAUCUGAUGGAGGUCCAGGAGGACGCACACGUUGGCUCUGUUGUGGGGGUGGUCACUGCCCUGGACCCAGACACCGCAAAUCGUCCCAUCCGGUACGCCAUUGACCGCAGCACAGAUGCAGAGAUGAUCUUUGACAUCGAUGCCAACACAGGUGCCAUCGUGACAGGAAAGGUCCUGGACCGGGAGACAGCAGGGUGGCACAACAUCACUGUCCUGGCAAUGGAAGCAGAUAAUCACUCCCAGGUGUCAAGAGCCUUGCUCCGUAUCCGUAUCCUGGAUGUGAAUGACAAUCCGCCUGAGCUUGCCACCCCGUAUGAAGCUGCUGUGUGUGAGGAUGCCAAGCCAGGCCAGCUGAUCCAGACAAUAAGUGUUGUGGACCGCGAUGAGCCUCAGAGCGGCCAUCAUUUCUAUUUCACACUGGCGCCUGAAGCCACCAACAAUCACCACUUUUCUCUGCUGGAUAUCAAGGACAACACAGCUGCGGUGCACACGCAGAGAGUGGGCUUCAAUCGCCAGGAGCAGGAUGUGUACUUGCUGCCCAUUUUGGUGGUGGACAGUGGCCCCCCCGCCCUCAGCAGUACGGGGACUCUGACCAUCCGCAUCUGUGGCUGUGACAGCAGCGGGGCCAUCCAGUCCUGCAACAGCACAGCCUACAUUGUGUCAGCUACACUGAGCCCUGGGGCCCUCAUCGCACUGCUGGUGUGCAUUCUCAUCCUGGUUGUGCUGGUCCUUCUGAUCCUCACGCUGAAGCGACACCACAAAAGCCACCUGACAUCUGAGGAUGACGAGGACAUGAGGGACAACGUCAUCAAAUACAACGAUGAAGGGGGUGGUGAGCAGGACACAGAGGCCUAUGACAUGUCAGCCCUGCGCAGCCUCUACGACUUCUGUGAGAUCAAAGGCGGUGACGGAGGGGAGAUACCAGGAGAGGGGGGCCCGAGCAGAAACCCAGCCUCUGAGCUCCAUUCCCUCCCGCAGUGGGUGCAGAGCCCGGACCUGGACUUCUCCGUGUUCAGAGACUACAUCUGCAGGAAGGUGGAGCAGGCGGAUGAGGACCUCUCUGUGCCACCCUAUGACUCGUUCCAGACCUAUGCCUUCGAGGGCUCAGACUCCUCCGUGCCCUCCCUGAGCUCCAUCAACACUUGGUCCAGCGGCUCAGAGCAGGACUUCUCUUACCUGGGGGGCUGGGGGCCGCGUUUCCGGCAGCUGGCGGCGCUGUAUGCGGGGCGCAGGGGCGAGGAGGAUGCCGACGCCUCGUAGCCAUCCUGCCACCCCCUGCGAGGUGCCAGCGGCUCCUGGACCAGACUCCAUGCCAGGAGGGCACAGCGUGUGCCUCCAGACCCGCGGUGCUGAGGGGAUGGAGUGAUGGGUGAUGGGCUCCUCAGCACCUGCCUCCUGUUCAUGGCACCUCCACACAAGAGGCUGGCAUUCCUAAAGGAGCCACUGUGGCAAUGACAUCUCCUUAAUACCGGUCUCCAUUAAAGCACUACUCAUUAAUUUAAGAAAGAAAAAAAUCUAAUUCAGGAGCGUUUGCAGAGGGUUUCUGCCCCACAAAUUAUCAUUUAAAUAGAUCUGUUUAGUGAGCCCCUUCCAGGAGAGGAAGAGCAAGCCGGGAGCCUUUUGUUGUCUAAAUUGUUUUUGUCACUUGAGUCAGGGCAUUUGAAGUGCUUUGAUUUCUUUAAGAGCUUUCUUUGCAGAGGGAAACAAGCUUUUAGCUUCUGUUCAGCUUUUCCCCGUAAGUUUUCUCACUGUUUGGAGUCCUUCUCUCUGUGCAUGGCCUCCUUGGGAGCACCCCGCUGCUGGCACAGGGCUGAGGGGGCGUGUGCUGGGGAUGCGUGUCCUGGAGAUGUGUGUCCUGGAUGUGGUCUCCAAGGUCACGUCUUGCACUAGAGUUCACUUCAAAACACACUUCACCUCUAAAUGCGAUUGCAUCGCCUCUCAGUUCUUAGACCUUUCUUAUGGUUAUCAAAGACAAUUGUGAUUUGAAGGGGCUCUGUCCCUACCUCUCUGCACAGCAGAUAUCAUCUGCAAGGUCCUGAUGUGCUCCAUGGCCCUGGAGACAGACAGGGACAUGCCCCCCUGCCACUGAGGCAUGGGGGGUGCAAAGCAGCACUUACCCCAUGGGCUCUGCAGGGCUCUGAGCUAGGCACCAGCUUCCUACCAAACGCCAUGGGCUGCACAGGGCAGGGGUAGGACGCUGGGGCACCCUGGCCUCCAGUGGUGAGGGAGCUGUGUCCCGGCUUGAGGACCAUGCUGUAGGGUGCGAGAGAACCCCAGCCCCUGGUUUGGAGCGAUAAUUCCUGUUUACGCCCAGCUGAGCAAAGCGUUGCCACUGGUGAUAGAAAAGCCAUCCCCAGGACAUGUGCACAAGACCAGAUCCUGCUGGUGCUGCUGCAUGGCUGAGCUGGUUGCUGCAGGCUGGGCAGUGCAUCUGGGGCACCUCAGGGUGCCCAGUGUGUCCCCAGCCUGCUGCAUUGCCCUGCAGAAACUGGCACAAGCUCCCACGGCAGGGGGUGCCUUCACGAGAAAUCUAUCUCAGGAUGCAGGUCAGGAGGAGGCUGGCAGGAUGUGCCAUUGCUCCUCUGGCUGCAGAUGUUGCUGGAGGAGAGCACUCCCUGCCCGGCGCCUGUCCAGCCUGCCAGCUCCCCCUGUGGCAAAUUGAGCAGCGUAUUGAGCAGCAUCCUCAGGCAGCUCUUCGCAGUGCUGGAGAGUGCAACUCCUUAUCUGUUCACAUUGGGGAAAAAAUCAAUUAUAUCAUUGAUAGGUAACUGAUAAGGUCUCCCAAGGCCUGACACAUCCUGGGCUUGUCAUUGGGCUUGUCCUUUUAGUUUAGCCACAGAGAGUGUUCUCCUCUCCUUGGAGAAGGUUUUACUGUAAAUGUACAGCAUGUUCGUUUUGUUCAUUUUUUACUGUGUUUUGCUUCCCGGCUGCUGGUGUUGGUCCCUUGGCUGCAGCAUGAGACCUGAGAGCAGAGAGGGGCAGGACACAUCUUUGCCAUGGCUCCUGCCCACUGCCCCCAUGUCUGCCCACACAGGAGCUGCAGCUUGGCUUUCAUGCUGGGACCAGGAGCUGCUGCUUCUCAGGGUCUCUCCGGUCCCCCCCAAAGGAGGCAGCAGGCGCCUGCUGCUGGCACCCAUGCCCCAGGUGCUGCUGGUUCACUGUGAUGAUGCUGGGGAGGCAGCGGGGAUGACGGGCUGCUUCGCACUGGCUCUGGCCGCGCCACCCCAGGCAGGUGAUGCCCUGGAGCAUGAGAAUGAAGAAAGCUCUCUCUUUCCUCAGGAAUGUGUUUGUGUUUUCCCUCCAGGCUGAAGCGCUGUGCCUGAGCCCCUCCAGAGCUGGCCCUUCCUCUAGCAAGAGUGUUGUGCAAUAGCAGGACUCUGUCUGUAAGAGAUGGGGUCUGACAGGGUACGUGUUUAGCAACCCUCCCAGCAGGUUACUCCCCAUCCCAACCAGGCAGUCCAUGCACGCACGCCUGCGGUUUCAUUUCUAUCCCACAUGUGAAUGGGAGGAGCGUGGUGCUCUGCGCCCCCUGCGCCCCACACAAAGCAGGAGGAGCUGGUGGCUGCCAGGGCGGCUGAUGGAAUCACUUCGGGUUUCUUUCUCUACCCAGAUCAAAUUAGAAGGUUGAUUUCCUCACCCUUGUUAUUUUUUCAAGGUCUUUCUGGGACCUGGAAAUAAAUUAUUCCUUGUCAUCUA